CACUCCUGGUUUGCUGUUACUUUUACUUCGAAAUAGUCUCAGCUUGCUCGCCCAAAAUAUUACUACUUCGAACCCUAACCCUAGUUUCGCCGGUAAAAUCUCUGCAUCGAGAAUCGACUACUUUUGAAGCAAUGGCCACUAAACCACUUGCAACUGAGGCAAUUGCUCUUACGGAGAAGAAAAUGGAUAUGGCUUUAGAUGACAUCAUCAAAAUGUCUAAAAAUAAAGGAAGCAAGACUAAGAGGCCGCCGAGGAUUCCGAACAAAAGUCAGAAGAACUUCAAUAAUGCUGCUCAACAGAAGUCCUUUAAAGUGCGGCAGUAUAUGGACUCUAGAUCAUCUCUUAGACAGGGAGUUUUAGCUCAGAGAAGAUCAAAUUUCCAGGGUAAUCAAUUUCCUUUUGCAUCUGAGGUUGCUCGAAAGGCUCCAGUUGGUUCUCUUCGCAGCAGACCUUUUAAUUGUAGUGUGGUUCCUGUCUCGAACAAAGCAAGGGUUGGAGCUUUCACGAUUCGGAGGCCUGCUAAUUCAGAUGUUGCUCCGAAGCGGCCAGUGGAGUGGAAGCAGCAACAAGGGAUUUCUGGUGCUAAGCAGAGGCCUCAAACACUGGAUUCGUUAUUUGCCAAUAUGAAGGAGCAGAGGAUGAGGGUGAUAUCACACCAGAAUAAUGCUCCGAGACACAAUGGAGGUGGUGACAAACCCAGAGUUCCUUGGGCAAGACGCCGGUUUGGCAACUAAGAUUCCCAUCCAUUGAAGAUUUCAACUAGAUUUGUUUUCGUGGCGCUAAAAGAACCAAGUGCCCAGGUAGCUGAUUGUCCUUUUGGCCUUCUCUGUUUCCUGAUAAUGCAAGUUCAUAGGGGAGGGCGGCCAAUUGGCCUAUGGAUAUGAUAGUGUUUGUUUGGUUUUAAAUUUUUUUUUUGGUUGUUUGGUAAACUGAAUUCAAAUAAUGCCACCGUCUUUCACUUUUCUUGGCGUUGUAUAGAACUAUAGCAGUCUUCUAUUAAGGGGAAUCAUGGACAUUUUUCUUGCUCAAA